GGGUCCUGUCCGGGAGGCAGCCCCGGUUCGGCCACUCCCGCAACUGGCGUCCUGCAAGCCGCAGGCACCGCGCAGCCCCCAGCCAUGGAAGCCACCGCCUCUCUGCUGGACGCUGCGGCCGUCGGGGAUCUGGUGAUGCUGGACCCGCUCAGCGAGGAAGCCCUGCUCCGCACCCUGCAGGAGCGCUUCAGCCGCGAGGAGAUCUACACGUACAUUGGGGAGGUGGUGAUCUCAGUGAACCCCUACAAACCAUUGCCCAUCUACACCCCCGAGAAGGUGGAGGAGUACCACAACUGCAACUUCUUUGCCGUGAAACCCCACAUCUACGCCAUUGCUGAUGAUGCGUAUUGCUCGCUGCGGGACCGGGAUCAGGACCAAUGCAUCCUCAUCACUGGUGAAAGUGGAGCUGGCAAGACAGAGGCCAGCAAGCUGGUGAUGUCCUACGUGGCGGCCGUGAGCAGCAAAGGGGAGGAGGUGGACAAAGUGAAGGAGCAGCUGCUGCAGUCCAACCCUGUGCUGGAGGCCUUUGGGAAUGCCAAAACCAUCCGCAAUGACAAUUCCUCCCGAUUUGGCAAAUACAUGGAUGUGGAGUUUGACUUCAAGGGAGAUCCUCUGGGAGGGGUCAUCAGUAACUAUCUGCUGGAGAAAUCCCGCAUCGUCCGCCACGUGAAGGGCGAGAGGAAUUUCCACAUCUUCUACCAGCUGCUGGCGGGGGGCUCAGCGCAGCUGCUCCAGAAGCUGAAGCUGCGCCCGGACUGCAGCCACUACGGUUACCUGAACCGUGAGAAGUCAGUGCUGCCCGGCAUGGACGAUGCUGCCAACUUCCGUGCCAUGCAGGAUGCCAUGGCGAUCAUCGGCUUCACACCCGCCGAGGUGACGGCGCUGCUGGAGGUGACGGCCGUGGUGCUCAAACUGGGCAACGUGGAGCUGAGCAGCUGCUUCCAGGCCAGCGGGAUGGAGGCGUCCAGCAUCGCCGAGCCACAGGAGCUGCAGGAGAUCAGCCAGCUGGUCGGGCUGGACCCCAGCACUCUGGAGCAGGCGCUGUGCUCACGCACUGUGAAGGUGCGGGAUGAGAGCGUGCUGACUGCGCUCAGCGUCUCCCAGGGCUACUACUGCCGUGAUGCGUUGGCCAAGAACAUCUACAGCCGCCUGUUCGACUGGCUGGUGGACCGCAUCAACGCCAGCAUCAGGGUGAAGCCAGGCAAGCAGAGGAAGGUGAUGGGAGUCCUGGAUAUCUACGGCUUCGAGAUCUUCCAGGACAACGGCUUCGAGCAGUUCAUCAUCAACUACUGCAAUGAGAAGCUGCAGCAGAUCUUCAUCUUGAUGACGCUGAAGGAGGAGCAGGAGGAAUACGUCCGGGAGGGCAUCCAGUGGACCCCAGUGGAGUUUUUUGACAACAGCAUCAUCUGCGACCUCAUUGAGAACAGCAAGGUGGGGAUCCUGGCCAUGCUGGACGAGGAGUGCCUGCGGCCCGGCACCGUGAACGAGGACACCUUCAUCACCAAGCUGAACCAGAUCUUCGCCUCCCACAAACACUACGAGAGCAAAGAGACUCUGAACGCCAAACACGUCACCGACAUCAGCCUGCCGCUGCGCUGCUUCCGCAUCCACCACUAUGCUGGGAAGGUGACCUACAACGUGACAGGCUUCAUCGAGAAGAACAACGACCUGCUGUUCCGUGACCUGUCCCAGGCCAUGUGGGCCGCCCAGCAUACUCUGCUGCGCUCCCUCUUCCCCGAGGGCGACCCCCAGAGACCCUCCCUCAAACUGCCCCCCACCACCGGCUCCCAGUUCAGGGCAUCCGUGGCGACGCUGAUGAAGAACCUCUACACCAAGAACCCCAACUACAUCAGGUGCAUCAAGCCCAACGACACCAAGACGGCAAUGCUCUUCACUCCGGAUCUGGUACUGGCCCAGGUGCGCUACCUGGGGCUGAUGGAGAACGUGCGGGUACGGCGUGCCGGCUACGCCUUCCGCCAGCUCUACCAGCCCUUCCUGAAGCGCUACAAGAUGCUGAGCAGCAGGACCUGGCCCCACUGGAUGGGCAAUGACAGGGAGGGCACUGAGGUGCUGCUGGCGGAGCUGCAGUUCCCCCCCGAGGAGCUGGCAUAUGGCCACACCAAAAUCUUCAUCCGCUCACCGCAAACUCUCUUUGACCUGGAGAAGCGGCGCCAGCAGCGCGUGGCCGAGUUGGCCACCCUCAUCCAGGCGACGUUCCGCGGUUGGCGCUGCAAGAAGCAGUACCAGCAGAUGCGCAAGAGCCAAAUCCUCAUCUCCGCAUGGUUCCGCGGCCACGUGCAAAGGAACUGGUACAAGCAGAUGAAGCGCUCGGUGCUGCUGCUGCAGGCGUACGCGCGGGGCUGGAAGUCCCGCCGGCUCCUUCGGGAGCUGAAGGUUCAGCGCCGCCGCCAUUUGGCCGCCAGCACCAUUUCUGCUUACUGGAAAGGGUAUCAGACCCGCAGGACGUACCGCCGCUAUUUCCGCUCCGACGCCCGCACGCGUCUGUCCAACUUCAUCUACCGGCGGAUGGUGCAGAAAUACCUCAUAGGGCUGAGGAAUAACCUCCCCCCGAUGGCGGUGCUGGAUCAGACCUGGCCUCCCGCACCCUAUAAGUUCCUGUCCGACGCCAACCAGGAGCUGAAGGGCAUCUUCUACCGCUGGAAGUGUAAGAAGUACCGGGAGCAGCUCUCCCCGCAGCAGCGCGCCGUGCUGCAGGCCAAGCUGUGCGCCAGCGAGCUGUUCAAGGACAAGAAGGCGCUGUAUGCACACAGCCUGCAGCAGCCCUUCCGUGGUGAGUACCUGGGCCUGACGCAGAACCGCAAGUACCAAAAGCUGCAGGCGGUGGCCAAGGACAAGCUGGUGAUGGCCGAGGCGGUGCAGAAGGUGAACAGAGCCAACGGGAAGACGGUGCCGCGGCUGCUGCUGCUCACCACUGAGCACCUGGUGCUGGCCGACCCCAAAGCAGCACAGCCCAAACUGGUGCUCAGCCUCAGCGACAUCCGCGGAGCCUCCGUCAGCCGCUUCUCCGACGGGCUGCUGGCGCUGCACCUCAAGGAGACGUCCGCUGCUGGCGGCAAAGGUGACCUCCUGCUGGUGAGCCCCCACCUCAUCGAGCUCGUCACCCGCCUGCAUCAGACCCUGAUGGACGCCACCGCGCAGGCGCUACCGCUGAGCAUCGCCGACCAGUUCUCCACGCGGUUCCCGAAGGGCGACGUGGCCGUCACCGUAGUGGAGUCGGCCAAAGGCAGCAGCGACGUCCCGGUCUGCAAGAAGCGCGGCAGCCACAAGAUGGAGAUCCUGGUUCACUGAGCGGGAGGGGGGGCCGGGAGUCCACCGCACCCCCUGCGCCGCACGGGAACUGCUGCCGUCCCGUGAAACGUGUUCCGGCGUCCCAUUAAACUGCUGCCGUCCCAUUA